AUGGUGCCAAUCGUCUACGGCUGUAACUUUAUCAUUGGCAUUGUGGGAAACAGCAUGGUGGUGGCUAUCAUAUACUGUUACAUGAAACUCAAGACAGUGGCUCACAUUUUUGUGCUCAACCUGGCCAUUUCUGACCUCACCUUCCUCAUCACUCUGCCCAUGUGGGCCACAGUGACAGCCACAGGGUACCACUGGCCCUUUGGGGGGUUCCUAUGCAAAGCCACAGCAGCUCUGGCCAUGUUUAACCUUUACACCAGCAUCUUCUUCCUCACCGCGCUCAGCAUUGACCGAUACCUGGCCAUUGUCCACCCGGUGAGGUCACGGCGGUUCCGCACAGUGCUGUAUGCUCGCAUCACCUGUGUGCUGAUCUGGCUGUUUGCUCUGCUGCUCAGUGUGCCCACAGCCUUCACCAGAGACAUCCAUAAUAUCAACAACCAGAACCUGACGGUGACCGUGUGUGCUAUCCUGCACCCCACAGAGGACAAUGUGCAGAGCCUGGAGCAGGUGCUGCUGGCCAUCAGCGUGAUGAAGAGCCUGCUGGGCUUCCUGGUGCCCUUCAUCAUCAUCAUUACGUGCUAUUGCCUGAUCGGCAGAGCUCUGCUGGGGGCAAGGCACAUCCAGAAGAGCCGGCAGUCCCGGGAUGAGGUGCUGCGCAUGCUGGCCGCUGCUGUGCUGGCCUUCUUUGUGUGCUGGGUGCCUCACCAGAUAUUCCACUUCAUGCAACUCUUGUACCAGCUCAAAAUGUUGAACAACUGUCACAUUCUGGACAUCAUUGAUACGGCCAUGCCCUUUUCCAUCUGCAUCGCCUACUUCAACAGUUGUGUGAAUCCCAUUGUGUACGGGUUUGUUGGUCGUAACUUCCGUAAAAACCUGGUGCGUCUCCUGCACUGUGCUCCCGCUAACAUCCGCGGAGCUCAUCCCAGCAUCAGUUCCAAAAUGAGUGCUCUCUCCUUCAGAGCCUCCGAGGCCCUCAGCCUGACCGUCAAAUACAAGUCUUCAUCUGACAUUAAAUGA